CCGAGCCGUAACCCACACCGCUAACGAGGCGAGACGUGCGGGCUGCGCCGCGACGCGUGCCGUCGUUUAAAAGCAACAACUGUCGUCGGUCGCGUCAGUGCCGUGACCGACGCUGCGAAGGACGGGGACGUUUCACAUCAGCGUAACGACGCGCGCUACUCGAUACUCACGCGGAGUUUACGUGAGAUUUUCCCGUUGGGUUGGUGUUUGGGGUUGUUGCGUUUUUGGGGGAAUGGAGAUGGGGCGUCGUAGGAUUUUGGAGAUGGAGAGAGAUUCAUUCCGAACGCCCCAUAGUUUAUUGUGAAGUUAAACAUUUUCAAUGAACACUAUUCCUACAAAAACAUGACGUCCCAUGUACUUGUAAGCCAAAUGAAGUUCCAACAGUCAACCAAGUAUAGCACCAUGUCAAACGACAGUUACUCCUAUUAUAAAGAACUGGAGGAGAUAAAUGCAGACAGGAUUGUAAACGAGAGCAAACUCCUACUGGAGAAAUAUGUGAGAAAUAGGGCGAUAGAUGAACCAGCUUACACAACACUCAUUGUUAUGUAUGGCAUCCUUAUUGUGGUAGGAGCUCUUGGCAAUACUUUGGUGAUCAUUUCAGUGGUAAGAAAAGCCGCCAUGAGAACCCCAAGAAACAUGUUCAUAUUGAACUUGGCAAUCUCUGAUCUGCUGUUGUGUACCAUUACGAUGCCACUAACACUGAUGGAGAUUUUGACGAAGUAUUUUCCGCUUGGUGACAACGAAUUUGUCUGUAAGAUAAUUGGCACUCUUCAAGCAAUGAGUACUUUCGUCUCAACGAUUUCCAUAACUGCAAUAGCCCUCGAUAGAUAUCAGGUCAUCGUCUAUCCCACCAAAGUCAGCCUUCAGAUAUAUGGCGCUGGCAUCGUUCUCCUCGUUAUUUGGCUGGUGGCACUUAUUUUGGCAUUGCCCCUUUUCAUCUACAAGAAGCUGGAACACCAGAACAUAACACUAACGGACGAAAUUGAUGGUCUGAACUUCUGCAUCGAGAAUUGGCCGGACGAGCAUGGAAGGGCUUAUUACUCCUUAUUUUCUUUGACGUUCCUGUAUAUAUUGCCCAUCACUAUAAUAACGGUCGUAUACGCAAGGAUAUCCUACAAGCUCCGAUACCGCUUCGAUCGCGGCUUCACCAGCGAGGAAAACACCCAGAACAACCGGCGUCAACUUCGAGGUAGAAGACUCCACAAAACGAACCUACUCCUCACAGCCAUCUCCCUAGUUUUCUGCAUCAGCUGGAUGCCUCUCAACCUCUUCAACCUGAUCGCCGACCUCCACUACAACUCCCAGGAGGUCAACUUCACCUCCCAGAAGAUGAUAGUGGCCUACGCCAUGUGUCAUCUGAUGGGCAUGUCAUCAGCCUGUUCCAACCCUGUUCUGUACGGUUGUCUGAACGAUAACUUCAUGAAGGAGUUUAAGGACAUCUUAGGGAUAACGGCUUGUUGUAAGGCAAAGGAAGGAGAAGGACAAAAGCGGCUCUCCAGGAAAUCCUUGAAGAAAGAUGGGAGAGCAGAGCUGGUAACUGCAGCUACGGAUUAUCAGCAAUGCAACACUCACAAACCCAACGCGAACUGCUUGUCAAUUCCCCGUCAAUACAUCGAAGAGUCCCCGAUGUUAUGACCAAUCACGGGAUGCCUUGAGUUCGUGCUGACUGACAGAUUUUUAUUACCUAUCCAAACUUUGCUCGUUUAGUGGAUUUUAUGUAAGUGAAAUUGUGUCACAUAUUUUGUAAAAAUUGAAGACUUGUUUCGUGUUGUAAUUUUAAGAAUAAAUGCAGAAAAUAUAGGGAAUUAAGAAAGUAGUUUCGAUUCACAUUUUUAUAAUGUUGGUAUUCUGUAUAGUAUGAAUGAAGAAAAGGUUGCCAACGAUCUUUCUGAACUCUUUUUGAACGGAAGGGCUUCAAAUUCAUAAACUUCUACAAACUAUUUAAAUUAUUCUGAAGUGUUCAUGUGAAUUUGAUGCCAUUUCAUCAUUGAAUAAUCUGGGUAGUAUACAUUGUGAAUUUAUGUACUUUAUGCAUCAAAUAUAAUGUUUUUAUAA